AUUAUAUGAUAUUUGAGGAAAAGUCAUAUGGCGGACGUUGAUGAUUCCCAGAGAAGAAGAGAAAGCAGUAGUCAUCAUCGAUGGCCCCUUGCUUUUCUCACCGUCUUCGUAGCCUUUCCGGUGGCCAUAGCGGUGGUUCUCUACAGAUCACUCGACUCCUUCGAGGCGGCUGCUCUGCCCAUCCACGAGUUCUCCGGGCCCACAACAACCGCGGCGGCGCGUAACGGGCACAUGCUGCGUGGGGCGGAGAGAGUGGGGGAGGGAGCACUGCUGGCGCCGGAAGACCUGGCCUACGAUUCCAAGUCGGGUGUGGUUUACACAGGCUGCGCCGACGGGUGGGUGAAGCGAGUCAGGUUGAGUGACUCGGUGGUGGAGAACUGGGUCAACACCGGAGGUAGGCCGCUGGGAAUCGUUCUGGACCGUAACAACAAUCAGGUUCUCGUCGCCGAUUCGGGAAAGGGGCUACUAAGUAUAACUAAAGAAGGAGUGGUGGAGCUACUGACAGAGGAAGCCGAGGGUGUGAAGUUCAUGCUAACAGACGGCUUAGAUGUGGCCGAAGAUGGCAUCAUUUACUUCACAGACGCUUCUCACAAGUACGGCUUGGAUGACUUCAUGUGGGACAUCCUCGAAGCCAAUCCCAAUGGCAGAUUGCUCAGCUACGAUCCUCGCACUAACCAAACCAAAGUGCUUCUUCAUGACCUUUACUUCGCCAAUGGAGUUUCACUCUCACCAGACCAGACUUGUCUCAUCUUCUGUGAAACACCCAUGAGAAGGUGUAGAAAGUAUCACCUAAAAGGGGAGAGAAAAGGAAGUGUUGAGCCAUUCAUUGAUUUCUUGCCAGGGAUGCCUGACAACAUUCGUUAUGAUGGGGAAGGUCAUUACUGGAUUGCAUUGGUCGUGGAAUUUACCCUACCUUGGGAUUUAACACUGAGAUAUCCUUUCAUUCGGAAGGUUUUGGCACUCCUUGAGAGGUACAAUUAUAGACCAAAUCUAUUGAAGGGUGGAGGUGUAUUUGGUGUGGAUUUAGAAGGGAGACCCAUUUAUCAUUACCAUGAUCCUAAAGUGUCACUCAUUACAAGUGGACUCAAGAUUGGAAAUUACCUCUAUUGUGGCUCUGUUGCUAAUCCUUACAUUAUCCGACUCAAUCUACUAAAUUAUCCUGCACAAGGUCCUACUACUACCCCACCACUUGAUCAGCCAUAAUGAUCGUUGUUAAUGUUGUCACUUAAAUAGGUGGUUAAUAUUACAGUGUUGAAAUUUGGCACAUUAAGAAUUCAACACCACAUGAGAUGACACUCUAUGAUUGGUUAGCAAUACCUCAUAAUACUUAUUAAAUUCAAAUGUGUGGGACUCGAUGUUGGAUUGUACCAAUAACAGUGUGACACCUCCUUGUGGUGUUGGACACCAAUAAUGUCCUUUAGUAUUUCUCUUAAAAUUAAUACGAACGACAUACACAAAUAUUACUUGCGAUGGAAAUACAAGUGAUUAUUAAUA